AUGGAGGUGUUUAAAAGGGCCAUAAUACAGCCUGGUCCUCCUGAAAGUUUUGCUUUGCAGACUGUUCAAGAAGUAAUAAAGCCUCAGAAACAAACAAAAUUGGCCCAAGAUGAGAAUCUGUUCCUAGAAAACAUUCUACGGCUGUUACUUCAAGAAUUCGUGUCGGCAGCAUUUCAGUGUGGGGAGAAAGUAAUGCAAUACGGGCAAUCAAUUGAUGCCAAUGAAACUGCCCAGGGCCACAUUCCUCGCCUUCUUGAUAUAGUGCUAUAUCUGUGUGAGAAGGAACACAUUGAAGGAGGAAUGAUUUUUCAGCUGUUGGAAGACUUAACAGAAAUGUCUACAAUGAAAAACUGCAAGGAUAUUUUUGGCUAUAUAGAGAGUAAACAAGAUAUAUUGGGAAAGCAAGAACUUUUCGCUCGAGGAAAACUUGUGAUGCUGAGAACCUGCAAUCAACUCCUUCGCCGUCUUUCAAAGGCAAAUGACGUGGUCUUUUGCGGAAGAAUUCUCAUGUUUCUGGCUCAUUUCUUUCCAUUAUCCGAGCGAUCUGCCUUAAAUAUCAAGGGAGUUUUUAACACAUCGAAUGAAACAAAAUACGAGAAAGAACCCAUAGAAGGCAUAUGCAUUGAUUUCAAUUUUUAUGAAACUUUUUGGGGCUUACAGGAAUAUUUUUCUAACCCUGCUUCUAUUAAUCAUUCUCCAAUAAGGUGGAAAAAAUUCACCUCCAGUUUGUCGGUUGUACUGAAUACAUUUGAAGCACAACCUCUAAGUGAUGAAGAAGGAGAUGCUAAUAAUUUGGAAGAAGAGGCAGUUAACUUUAGUAUCAAAUAUCUCACAAGCAGUAAACUAAUGGGUCUAGAGUUGAAGGAUCCAAGUUUUCGACGUCAUGUUCUUCUGCAGUGUCUCAUAUUGUUCAAUUAUUUAAAGGCCCCUGGAAAAGGUGAUAAGGAUUUGCCAUCUGAAAACAUGAAAGAUGAGAUUACAUCGUGUGAAGAACGUGUUAAAAAACUUAUUGAACUGACUCCACCCAAAGGGAAAGAGUUCCUUCACAAAAUUGAGCAUAUAUUAGAACGAGAAAAGAAUUGGGUAUGGUGGAAACGUGACGGCUGCCCACCAUAUGAGAAACAACCUGCGGAGAAGAAAGCGGUACCAGAUGGUUCGAAGAAGCGUAAGCCAAGAUGGAGAAUGGGCAACAAAGAACUGUCUCAGUUGUGGAAGUGGGCAGAUCAAAAUCCGAAUGCUUUAACUGAUCCUCAGCGUGUUCAAACACCUUCAAUUAUGGACUACUGGAAACCCUUGGCUGAAGAUAUGGAUCCUUCUGCUGGAAUAGAAGCUGAAUAUCAUCACAAGAAUAACCGGGUUUAUUGUUGGAAAGGUCUUCGGCUUUCUGCACGACAAGACUUGGAGGGAUUUUCUAAGUUUACUGAAUAUGGAAUUGAAGGGGUUGUACCACUAGAACUUUUGCCACAAGAUGUCCGAUCUAAAUACCAAGCGAAACCAAAUGACAGAAGUAAACGUAGUAAAAAGGAAGAGGCAAAAAACAAUGCUCAUCAAGUUGAGGAAAAUCAGAUUGCUGCUACACCUGCAACUGAGAUGGAUGGUGAAAGCAUUAGAACAGAUACCACAGCAACACCUAUGGAAUUCGAUGCUGUUCCUAUCCCUGGUUCUCAAGGUGGAACCUCAACUUCCGACGAACUUCAAAAGAAUAGCCCUGAUACUGAUAACGAUCCAGAAGCGGGUCAAUUGGAAGCAGAUGCUGAAGUCGAAGCCGGAAUUAUAGAUGAGAAUGAUGCAGAUGCAGAUGCUGAUGCUGAUGUUGAUUUAGAUGCAAGUGGCUGA